GUCUGAUUAGGCCGAAGAAGUCGAGACAACUGAAUAUCUCCAUCUGUGUUCAUGUUUCCAUUUUGUUGAUGAACUUUUUGGAACAGAAUCUGGAGCAGAAGCUCGGCUGAAACCACAGUGACAACCCAUAAACCUUACAUCUGUAAUGGACAACUUCAGCCUGGUUGCCAAUCACUCAGACUGUACCGUGCCCGACACCGCUUUCGAUGGGAGGUCGUUCCUAUUUUUCUACAUUGCCAUCAUCAUCACCGCCAUCCCGUCCAACGCCUUCUCCCUCUACGUGUCAUGGCAGCACAUUAGACAGAAGAAUGAGCUCGGUGUGUACCUGUUCAACCUGGCCCUGAGCGACCUGACCUUCACUGUGGGUUUGUCUCUGUGGCUGGACUUCCUGUGGCAGGGAUUCUGGGCUCACGGGGGUAACGUGUGUUUGCUCUCCGUCUACUCUCUCUUCACCAACUUCUACACCAGCGACGCGUUCCUCUGCUGCGUCGCCAUCGACCGCUACCUGGCAGUGGUCCACCCGCUGAAGUGCGCGUCCUUGAGGAGAGUUGGCCCUGCAGCAGCGGUGAGCGUCGCCAUUUGGGUGCUGGUGAUCUGUUUCAAUGCCGCCACCAUCACGUGGGAGGACUCGUACCUGCCAAACAACAAGUCUUCCGUGUGCUUUGACACCUUCCUCCCGCUCUCAGAGAAUAUGGCUCGCACAAACGUGCUGCGCUUCUUCCUGGGGUUCGUGGUUCCUGUUCUCCUGGUGGUGUUCACCACCUGGGGGAUCUGCACGGCGGUGAAGUCCAACAAGGCCACAGAGGAACAGGAGCGUAAACGGAUUUCCAGGCUGCUGACAGUGGUUCUACUCUGCCUCUUGUUCUGCUUUGGACCCGUCCACAUCAUGAUGCUGCUCCGAGUGCUGGUGUAUCACUGCUCCUAUGUCGCCUGGUUCAUCUAUCCCUACAAAAUGAGCCUUGCCAUCUCCACGCUCAACUGCCUGGCAGACCCACUGCUCUACUGCUUCAUUACCAGGACAGGACAGAAGAACGUUAAUCAGGUCGUGCUCUUCUUCCAGGGAAAGAAGAGAAUCAAACAUGAGGAUGUAGUGUAGAGAAGACGCAGGAUAGACCAUGAUAAUUAUGAGACAUCUAGUUGCAGAAGUUAAGAUUAGGGAUGUUUCAAGUAAUAAAGAUAUCGUGUCUAUUCCUCAACAAAAACUCUAUAGGUUAUAUAGUAAAAACUCAAGCAGAUGAGUCUGAAAACUGCAUUCUGCAUGAAGUAAUUUCCUUCUGAUGUGUUUUUAACAACCAUAACUCAAACAGGAGUAAAUUGUGAAUUGUUGGAUAUUUUAAUAUAUGUCAUUAUUUAUGAUGAUAUCCUACUGAGACAGUUAUCUUUAUUAUUGCUGCUAUUGUUGCUCUUAUACGUGUCCACCGGCGUGGACGUCAUCAUUAUAAUUGUUUUGAUUACAGAGAUUAUUUGAGUAUUUAUGGUUGUGCACAUCGGUGAUGAUGAGCUCAUUUAAAAAUGGACGUCACCUGUAAAGUGUUUGUGUAUUUAUGAAUGUGUUUUGUUUUAUGUAUGCUUAUCAAUAACAAUAAACGUCAUGUUCUCUAUUCAAUAUAACAGCUUGAAGACAGUAUCUGUGUAACUAACUGAAAAUAAAUAGCAGUGCCAGUCUUCAUUGUAUCUUUUUUCAAGGAAAACACUGGAACAAGUUGGCCACAUAAGCAGUGUUCGUUUGUAGAAUAAAUGUAUUGUCUUAUCAUUAGAUCUGGUAGAUGUUAUGCAGAUGUGUAAAUGUCUUUGAGGGUGCUGACAGGAACAUCAUGCCCCCCCACUAGAGACUUCUUUAAACCGGUGCUUGCAGUUAGGAUUCAUUACCACAAAGGUAAUCAAUUGCAGUUCAGUGUAAAUGCAAGUGUUUACAUUCAUUUGUCCACCCUCUGCAUGUUCAUACUGACAGUUUACUUUGCAUGUGCCGUACACCUUUAUUGACAUGCUUUAUUAACUUUUACACCUUUAUUACCACUCUGUCCAACACUGAGCAAUGCGGGGGGGGAGUGUGAACUACGUCAACAUAACAGUUCUGUCGUGUGAAGCCUUCCCCGAUGAGGCCCAGUGGCAAUGAAGGGUUUCAAUGCAAAUGUAAUCAUUGGAUUAAAGGUAAACAUAUGGCUUUAAUCAUUGGACCACUUCCAACUGCUAUUUGGGUUUUUGGUCAGAUAAGUGAGCAUUAGGUGCCAUAUGUACAGUGUAGUAUUUUAAAAAUACUUCCUGUAAGUACCAUCUUUCUAUGACAAAACAUUAU